CUCAAUCCGUCAACAAAGAUGCUCCCAAUUUAAUUUCACAUUAACGAAAAGCAAAAACCGCAAAAGAGGAAAAAACAGAAAAGCAAAUACAGCAAAGAGAAGUAUUAACUAGAUCAAAAGGAACUUUUCUGCUUAUUAAAGGACACCCUAAACUCCAAGAUGAAAGGACCGAACAAAAAGAAGCAGCAGGAUUGGCUCAAAAAUGGCCAUGGAAAAUUCACGCCUCUGGUGGAUGAAAAGGAGUUCUUUGAGGUAACUAAAAAAUCGGUUGACAUUGUGUGCCUCUUCUAUAACGUCGGUGACAAACGGUGCAAGAUUGUGGACAGACACCUUAAGAUCCUGGCCCCACAACAUCCGGAGGCCAAGUUCUGCAAGGUGGAGACGAAGAAGGCACCCUUUCUAACCCAAAGACUCCUAAUAAAGGAGCUGCCCACCCUUCUCCUGGUGAAGGACGGCAUGGUCAAGGACUUCAUCAUCGGAUUCGCCGAACUGGGCAACACUGAAAACUUUAGCACUAAGGAGAUGGAGUCUCGUAUUGCUCUUUCGGAGACCAUCCAGUGCCAGGAAAAUCAGAAGAAUCCUGCGAAUGUGGCAAAUGGGAUUGCCAAAACUACUACCAAACGCGCAAAGAAGACAAAACGUGUUGGUUAACCUCGAAAUAUAUACUUUAGUAAUUUCGGCAGCUUUUGUACAGAUUAUUUGAUGUUAUAUUGGAUCUAUGAACUCAAAAACUGCAAACCCAAAUUAUCGUCAAAAUCAAUCUGCAUAAGUUAAUUAUAUUUCUACAAAUUCUUCCUGGGGGAAAAAUGAGAUGCAGCUCACAAGACAAACUAAAACAUUCGGCACGCUUACUUUCACAAAUGAAACACCUAUGUUAAUAUAUUUGAUUGUGUUUUCUUCAAACUAUCAAGGAU